AGCUUCUUCAGGUUCUGCCAGAAUUCACAGAAGAAGAAGAAGCAGAUCGUGUGGCCGCUGUAUAUAAGUGAUCUUGGUGGGAUUGCUUCGUGUUUCUUCAUCCGUGUGCUUCUGUUUGUGUGUGUGAUUACAGACGCCUCCAUCAACCGACCCGUCGGAUAAUCUUUUGUGUCAAGAGGAGGAUUCGUAGUCAAAAGAAGUCAUGCUUCGACGAAAAAUACCUUUCUCACAGAUUGCCUUUGUCACACUGCUCGGAGUCGCUGGUGGUAUUUAUAUCUACAGACCUUAUUUUGAUCCGGUGCUAAAGAUAUCAGGACAGAAAAACCAGGGAGAGCCAAAGAAAGAGAAUGAAACAGACUGAAAUAAUUCAUCACUUCACAGUGUCAGAAGCCAGGGGGACUUCAUGGGACGCUGCUGGACUGUCAGAGCUGGAAGCCCAACAAGAGACAAGACCCGUAUGGAUGAAGUCAUGCUUCUAAAGGCUGCUUUGCUUGAUGGUUAAUGAACAGAAUAAAAUAAGAGAUCAUUUGA